GUCCAUUCCUGGGCAAACGACGCAUUGGGCAAGUUGGGAGUCAAGGUUACGAAUGGAUGACUUUCUCACAGGUAGAAGAGCAGGCAAUACUGUUCGCUUCUGGACUAAUCGCCCUUGGCAGCCAGCCAGGCCAGGAAACCUUUAUUGGGAUUUUCUCCCAAAAUAGACCAGAGUGGGUCAUCGUUGAUGUAGCUUGCAUGUAUUAUUCAAUGAUAUCAGUACCAUUUUACAACACCGUAGACAUCAAAGGUUGUGACAGGAUCAUAUCACAGACAAACAUGGAAACUAUCGUUUGCGAUACACUGGAAAAAGCCGAACGCCUCCGACUGGAACAUUCGGCUCUUCGGAGUCUCAAAACUGUCAUCGUCAUGGACCUUCCCAUUGAAGGUUUAGGGGAGCAGAAAGCCAUGUUUGAAGCUGAGGGACUAAAGCUGAUGUCAUUUGAUGACGUCGUUACUUGUGGAACGAAAAAUAUAGUCGACAGAGUGUUACCUAAACCUGAAACCGUAUGCACUCUCAUUUACACUAGCGGUACAACAGGAGUACCAAAGGGCGUACCUCAUACGCAUAAAGGCCUCAUCGCUACACAUGCUUACGCCUGGCAGAUUGCAUCGAUGGAUAUUGUACCAAACCACAAUGAUACGGUAAUAUCUUAUCUCCCCCUGCCACACGUCUACGAAAGAACGAAUUUGCAAUCCUGCAUGAUGGCUGGCACUCAAGUUGGUUUCUUCCAAGGUGAUCCGCUGAAACUCCUAGAUGACAUUCAAACCUUGAGACCCUCUAUGCUGGCUACCGUACCAAGGGUGCUAAACAGAUUAUAUGAUAGGGUGAUGUCGAACGUGAAUGCCGCCAAUUUACCAAAGAGGGCACUCUUUCAUCAUGCACUCAAGCAAAAAUUAAAGAUGAUAGACAGUGGCGACAACAGGACAGACACAAUCUGGGACAAGUUAGUGUUCAACAAAAUUCGGAGUCUUCUCGGAGGACGAAUCCAGUUUGUUUGUUCAGCUGCCGCCCCCCUCUCACCUGACACUGCACAGUUCAUCCGGGCAGCUAUGAGCCCUAAUUAUCUCGAGGCCUAUGGACAGACCGAAGCUCCACUCAUCUGUCACAGCCUAACACAUGAUCAUACUAGUGGUCACGUGGGUAUCCCAGGAGGCGAUGUACAGAUCAAGUUGAUUGAUGUACCUGAAUUGGAUUAUUACUCCAAAGAUGAUCAAGGAGAGGUGUGUGUGAAAGGAAGCCAUAUCUUUAGUGGUUACUACAAAGAUCCCGAGCUUACCAGUCAAGUCUUACAAGACGGUUGGGUCAAAACAGGCGAUAUCGGCAGAUGGAACAAGAGGGGAAGUCUAUCGAUCAUUGAUCGUAAGAAGGAUAUCUUCAAGCUGUCGCAGGGUGUCUACAUAGCCCCAGAGAGGAUUGAGAAUGUCUACCUCAGAGAACCUCUAGUUGCUCAGGCUUUCGUCACUGGUGACACAACCAAGAAUAGUCUAGUUGGGAUAAUGGUUCCGGAUCAAGAAGAACUUGAAAAGUUUGCCAAGAACCAUAAAAUCCCCGGAUGCUUUGAAGAGCUUUGUCAGAAUGAGAGAGUGAAAGAAGUCAUUUUCUCUCGAGUGAUGAAACAUGGUAAGGCAGAGGGACUCGCUGGCUUUGAACAGGUUAAGGGCAUUCAUAUCCAUUCUGAGCCAUUUACCGAAGACGCUGGACUUCUCACCCCAACACUGAAGAGCAAACGGAAUGUAAUGAAACAGAUCUUCGCUGAGGAGAUCGAUGAAAUGUACUCUGAAAUCGAUCAGGGAUCAAAAUAGGUUGAACUGAGACUGAGGAAGAGGGCUGGAGAAUUACUGCCAAAGGGGAUUUUAAAGAAAAUAUUCACAUCAACUAAAAAAAUAUUUAAAUAAAAAGAGAAAAAUCCAACAAGCAAAACGCUAAAACGUUUAUCAGAAUCGGGUGUAAAUUUAAGAAAGAUAUGACAUCUUAACAUUUUGCUUAAUUUCAUUAAAUGUAAACAGGGUCGUAUUUAAGCUGAAAGCGAGAAAGCAAAGCGACCAAGCUUGGCCAGCGUUUUUGCAUUUUGUAAAGCAAAGACAAUUUUAAGGUGAUAUUG